ACCACACAAAUGGUUCAUUAGCAAACACUGACCCUGUGAAAGCCCCUCUACUCCCACUCAAAAGUCACCUUUCUGUCGGGAGAGGACAGCGUAUUUUUCGGUCAGAUGGCGUGCCGCAAUCCGCCCACAGUUUUCUUGCACCCACACAGCCAGCGAAAAAGGCUGUCAUUAACAAUACGCUAUACUGGGGGAGGACAACUGCCAGCGCGUGCAGGCUGAGGCUGGGCUUGGAAGGUUAACAUUUGGCUCCGAGAAAAAUCGUUUGCUUAGUCGUUUGAAAUUCGAUGAGAAGAUAAAUUUGAAACGCGGUGAAAAAUGAGCGCAACAGAAUGAGCUAACUUUUGCUUACACGGAUGGAUAACUGAACGCAACAUUUUUACACUUCGCGUCUUCAGAAUGAGAGGGAGCGAAAUAGCUUACUGACUGCACUGAAGAAAAGAAAAACACUGGUGCCAAUUCAGGAGCAUGAUCAGUGACAGUCAUUUGAUGUUCAAUCGUUGUUGCAAAAGUAACCGUUCUCUGUAACCGGCGAAACAAUUGAAGGCUUGAACGAAGACACAGCUUGAGCCUGAACCAUCUUGAACCAUAUUGUGCGCGGUUCUCAACAUUCCCAGCUACUGGACGUGACGUCUGAGUGGCAUCAUGUCAGUGCCGCGGACUCUGGGCGAGCUGCAGCUGUACCGCGUGUUGCAGCGCGCCAACCUGCUGGCCUACUACGACACCUUCAUCCAGCAGGGCGGCGACGACGUGCAGCAGCUGUGCGAGGCCGGCGAGGAGGAGUUCCUGGAGAUCAUGGCGCUGGUGGGCAUGGCGACCAAGCCCCUGCACGUGCGCCGGCUGCAGAAGGCCCUGCGCGACUGGGCGGCCAAUCCGGCGCACUUCAGCCAGCCGCUGGCGUCCAGUCUGGCUCACGGCGGUGGCGGCGGCGGCGGUGGCGGAAUCCCGCUCUUCAAGAUCGACACGGCAGGCGCCGGCGGCACUGGCGGCAGGAAGUCCGUCAGCAACGGGCAGCCCGGGUCGCCCGGGUGCGGUGAGCGCGAGGAGAGAGGCCUCACGCCGCUCCGAGACACGGGAAGUCCCAGAAGCCCCUGCUCCCAGGCCUCGCCCCUGCCCUCCGACCCCCUCUACAGGGACAAGCUCUCCCCCAUGGACCCCCACUGGCUCAGCCCCGAGCCGGACGAGGACCAGCUCAGCCCUCCGCUGCCGACCCUGACCCUUCACCCCAGACCCGCCGGGGGUCCCCCGACCCCGCCGGCCCCUUCCUCCUCCUCCUCCUCCUCCACCUCCUCCUCCUCCUCGCCGUGGCCGGGCGGGGUGCUGGAUGCGGAGAUGGCGCGGGCGGUGGGCGAGAGCGUGGACAGGCUGCUCAGGACGCUGCCCCGCGCUGACCCCGGCGAGGUGAAGACCCUGCUGAGGCUCAACAAGAAGAUGGCCAAGACCGUGGGCCACAUCUUCAGCGCCGACCUAUCAGAGCAGAGCAAGGAGGAGGAGAUACGCAAGUACAGCCUCAUCUACGGACGCUUCGACUCCAAGAGGAGAGAGGGCAAACAGCUCACACACCACGAGAUGAUUAUCAAUGAGGCUGCUGCCCAGUUCUGUAUCCGCGACAACGCGCUGUUGCUACGACGCGUGGAGCUCUUCUCAUUGGCCAGACAGGUGGCGAGGGAAUGUGCCUACAGUACUUCACUCAAACACUCCAGGACCAACUCAGACGACGGAGCCAUUCCGCUGCUCAAGAGGAACCGACAGGAGAUGGAGUCGGACGCGUCCAGCAGGGCCAUGGAGGGGCCGGAGGUCACUUCCCAUGGUGCCAUGCGGUCCGCCACGGACGAGGACAGCCUGUCCAGCGAGAGCUUGGACAGUUUGACGCAAGAUGUCGGCCGUCAGUCCCACCCCUCCUCAUCCCCCCGCCCACCCAUCGACACCCCUUCACCCGCCACCUGGAGUCGCCAGCUCAUUCAGCAAACGCUCAUGGAUGAGGGCCUGCGAUUGGCUAGGAUGAUGUCACAUGACCACGUGGGCAAGGGCAGCCUAGGGUCAGAGAGGAAGCACACCGCAGAGAGGGCUUAUCAUGAGGAGUCGCUAACCAUCAGCCUUUUCUCAGCAGAGCUGGAGAGCAAGGCAGCCGAGAGGGCAGCCGAGAGGAAAGCCAGUGCUGCCCCCUACAGGAGUGGCAGUCCCGGCAGCAACCGAGAGGAGCUGGAGCGCAAUGGCAAGUGAAGAGGAGCCAAGUGGAGGUGGAGGUGGAGGUGGAGGUGGAGGGGAGCGGCACUCAAGAGCACCACACGACCAUUCUCCAUCACUCCAGCCCCACACGACCCUUCUCCAUCACUCCAGCCCCAUGUUCACCUCACAGACCAUCCGCCAUCAUUCCGCUCGGCCCCUCCCAUGGGCAUGAGCUAAAGACAUACUGCCACUCCACUCAGGGUCCAACACUGCUGUUGCUGGUCAGGAAGGCAUCCUCACCCACUCACCCAGCCACCCCAGCCCACCCCAGCCCAGUCCAGCCACCCCAGCCCAAGCUUCUGUCCUCACCAAGGUCAAGUGCUCCACCCAGAGACGCUCAUAAGUGACGCAAGUAGACGUUCUGCAGUGGUCAUGAAGUCCCUGUGAAUAGCAUGUGAUUCUGUCCCUCAACGCCUCUCAGAAUAAUUGUAAACACUAAGCAGAGGCAAGCCAUCAUCAUUUGUGCGGAGUGGACACGACGACGGCGGUUAGUCCACCUUAAGUUUGUGACCCUCGCAUUCGAAAAUACGUGACUUGUUGAGAACAUGAUCUCUCCAGGACAAAGUGAAGCAAACACGGUACCAUCAAGCUGUCUUUUAACUGUUUAAUGCAAGCUGGUCCUUUUCUAUCCGUGCCCACACUGCUCUACACACAUGUAACCGGCCCCUCUUCUGUACUCAAGUGUGAAGUGGGACUGCACACACGUGCUUCUGUGUCAGUCUUUCAUCACUUUCCUCCAUCGAAGCGCUUCAAAACAGGUCUGUUCAUAAAGCUUCUGUUGCCUGGAGAGCCAUCAUUUCUGUUGUUGGACAUUCCUUACCUGCUGACUCUCUCUACAUCGGGUUACCCCGAAGAAGACGUGUGUAUUUUCCGUGAAUAUGAAGAGCGCUGGUGCUAUAAUUCCUCUCUUCUCUGGUCCUUAGCAAGUAAUGGUGCUGAUGGGAUUUAGUCUGGUCAUGUGUGAGCGUGUGGCAUUAAUCUGUCUCCUUAAUAAACCGUAACCAACUGGAUUUGGGAAGACAGCUCCAUUGAAAUGAUGUGUGAUAAAUAUGUAAUUCCUAAGGCUGUGUAAAGAACUGGGUCUUUCAAACACUAAUUUUUAGCCAUCAUAGAUCAUGAACUGAGGCAGUUGGGCACAGUUCAAA